AUGUUCUCCGUCUCUGUGUCCCCCGUCUCGGUGGGCUCCAACGUCUUUUUCGCAUUUGCCCUGUUCCUCAUCUCCGCUCUUGUGUUACUUCUCCUGCGACGCUUUCUCACCCUCCGCGCCACCCCCGGGUAUUUAACCGUUCCGAUAUUCUUGGCCCUGGCUCUGCCCGCCAGUGUGGUGCUCCUAGUCCCCAUCGAUUUGGCGUCAAGUUCGCGCGAUGGUUCUGGGCCCAGGGCAAUCUGGCUGCCGGAGCGAGUGGUUCUGGUAUGCUGGCGCAUUGCCUAUUGGCUGAUCUUCGUUCUUACCUGGGUCAUCCUUCCGUUACUUGGUGAAUAUGUCGAUUCGGGUUACCGUGAACCCAAAGGCCGUCUCAUGUACUCUCUUCGCUCAAAUGCCCAAUACCAAUUGAUCGUCCUGGGAUGUUCCCUGGUGGGGUUGGUCUAUGUGUCGAUCUCAAAUGGAUUUGAAUUUACCUCCAUUAAGGGUCUUGUCAUGGCAUUAGCGUACGUGUGGGGUCUCGUUCUAGCCAUUUACCUCAUGGGCCACGGCCUCGUUUCCAUCCCGCGCAAUUUGCUCCGAAAUUCCAACGUCAGCGGUCGGCUGAAGAGAAUCCAAGCACAUGCACCCAAGGUGCACGAUCGCUUAAUGGACUCGGUCAACGAGUUGCAGAAUCUCAACAGUCAGGUUACACAACUACAGCGCCGUAAAACAGGCACGGCGCGUGAUUUCCGUGAAUGGAUAGAAGAGCUACAGGAAGGGCACGACCAAACUGACGUGCGAGCCCCGAUUCUCGAGAAUCCCGACCCAUCCGCCACGAUACCCUCUGUCAUCACGGAACGCUAUCUGGCUGACCUCACCCGGCGGCUCCAACGUGCUCGGCAUAUGAAGGCCCGAUUUGUGGAUGAAUGGGAUCGUCUGGUGCAGCUAGCAGCUGAUCUUCAAGCCAUCAUCGACUCUGCGGCUUCGAAAAAACUCGAAUUUGGUCCGGCCCCCCGUCGAUCAUCCUGCUUUCCUCGUGUGAAGUUCCUUAGCCCGUAUAUGCGGUAUCAGUUGUACUCGAACAUAAUUCCCUCGGUCAGGUUGGCAUUCGGUGCCUUCUUUGCGGUGGCAUCGGUCUGCAUCGUCUGGUCGGAACUGAUCAAAUCUCUGGCACCUCAACUCUCUGCUGUCAGCUUGACUGUGGUCCCCAAUUGGAAAGAACAUCCUGUUGGCUUCGGUGGUCAGCUCACAGCCUCUGCUUGGCUAUUGUACAUGUGUUCGGCUGCUCUCGUCGGCGUUAGCGAUGUCAAGGUGUGGGGAAACCGUGCGCUUGUCCGUCGCAACACAUAUGGCGAGAGCGCCUGCUGGUAUGCUGGUCUUGUGGCUCGGUUGACAGUACCGAUCGCCUACAACUUCUUGACCUUCUUGCCGAAGGGAUUUCGGCGAAGCACCACUUUUUACCAGUUCCUUGGUAAGCUCAUCAACCUGACCCCGCUUGGGAAGGGGUUUGACUUCCUUUUCCCAAUUCUCAUUCUCCUACCUAUUUGCGCAACGCUUUUCAACUUGUACGGCCGGAUCAAGAAUGUCUUCGGGUGUGGUCUUGCCGAGGACGAUGACAUCCACGAUGUUGAGAACAACCCUGCCGGGUAUGGCAUGGGUGGCUGGCGGGAGGGUCGCGAUCUCAUACAACGGGAACUCAACGGGUUCGGGUCUCUGGCAGUGUCCUCUCGCGGUAGUCGGUCAACUUGGGCAUCGGACCGCGAUGAUGAAGGCUCUCCCGGCUCGUCUCGGCAGCGAGUCCCUAUUUCGGAGGGUCCUCAAUACACCCAGAGGACAGUGGUCGCGCCUACAAUAGUAGAUGGGGAGGACGAGGAGGAUGAGAAUUUCUUCCAAUCCUUUGCGCAUCGCAUCAAGAAUACUCUUGAUACUACUACAACGCCCCGAUGGUUUCAGGGCGAGCCAUUCCGACUCCCACGCUGGAUGUCGGGUGAUAAUAAUGCCGCAGAAGAGAGUACCUCGCUAUUCAGAGGUCGGGCUGAGCCUGGCCAUCUGCGUCUGGGUUAG